AUGCAGUUGACGAAAGUCGCUACUCAGAAACGCUCUCGUCGUGCAGCUGUGGCUGCGAGAUGGCAGAAACAACUCAACAUCCCCGCAGCACGUAAACUAGCACUCAAGAUCGGAGAAGUUGCGGACCACUACGGCUCAGGUGCUAGUGAAUUAGAACUGGCGAAGAUGAAAUUCGAAGCUAACGAGUUGCAAUGGACGAAAGAAAAUAGCUUGGUUGUUGCCAAGAAGAAUCCAGGUUCACG